UUUUGGGCAGCCUAUGUACCAUGUGACUCUCAAUACAAAGAUGCGGUUCAACUUACCCUAGAACAAAUCGACGUCAUCAGAAGGCUCACUGAUCAAUAUCAUCCAAGACUGACAUUAUGCACUUCAUCAGAAGAUAUAAAAAAUUCCUACAAGCGUCACCAAAUGUGCUCGUUAAUCGGCGUGGAAGGUGGACAUUCCUUAGCUGGGAGCCUGGCAGUUUUGAGGACCCUGUAUCACGUCGGGGUGAGAUAUCUCACUCUGACGUCAACUUGUAACACACCUUGGGCCGACUGUUCGCAUGCAGAUAUGCCUGGGAAACAACCGGAACACGGCGGUUUAACCAACUUCGGAAAGAGCGUGAUCAAGGAGAUGAACCGGCUCGGCAUGAUCGUCGACCUGUCGCACGUGUCCGUAGCCACGAUGCGAGACGCCCUCGACGUUUCGAAGGCGCCGGUCAUCUUCAGUCACUCGUCGGCGCGCGCGCUCUGCAACUCGUCGCGCAACGUGCCCGACGACACGCUGCGCAAGCUCGCCCUCAACGGGGGCGUGGUCAUGGUGAAUUUCUAUUCGCUGUUCCUGACGUGCCGGGAGGCCUCCAGCAUUUCCGAUGCCGUCGCCCACAUAAAUCACAUAAGGGAGGUCGCAGGCAUAGACAGCGUAGGACUAGGUGCUGGCUACGACGGAAUCAACUACGUGCCUCAGGGCCUCGAGGACGUCUCUUCGUACCCAGCCCUUUUCGCCGAACUCAUCGGCACGGGGAAGUGGAGCGUGGAGGAGCUCAAAAAGCUGGCGGGGCUGAACCUGCUCCGCGUAUUCCGGGAGGCGGAGCGCAUCCGGGACGAGUUCAAAAGGGCGAACGUGCCGCCCUACGAGGACGUCAUGCCCAAGCAGAAGGAGAACAACUGCUCGUCGCAGGCCAACUGAACUGCCGGAAGAAAUUGUGGAAAAGUUGGCAACGCUGCGAUGCGAGAGUUCUUCGUUACCGGCGACUACAGUGGAUUGAAUAGAGUGACGACAAUAGACCUCCAACUGACUGCUGUUUCCGAAAUGUCAUU